CGCACAAAAUUAAGAAGAGUGGGACGGCUUUGCAGCUCAGCCCUUUGUUUGAUUUAUUCUGCAAAAUUAGUACAACAAAUUAUAGCAACCCUAAUUUCUUUUCCUUCAUGUUUUUGGAAAGUGUUUUAUUUUUAACAAUCAUUAGUUAAGGAAUAAAUAAAUAAAUAGAGUAAAUGAAAGAAAAUGGCAACAUUUGAAAAUCAGGAGGGAGAAGACGAUGAUGAAGAAGAAAAGCAAGUAACUGAAAUACCCCUUGUACCCCAAAGCUUAAUCAAAUCAAACCCCUCAACUCCUGAUCAUAAUCAUAAUUAUAAUCUUAACCUUGAUCUUAAUCUUAAUUACGUUCCUCCGGGUGAGCCUGGCAGCUCCAGCGCAAUGAUUAACAUUUUCCCUCCGGUUAAUCACGAGAAUCUGCGUCCAGAAUCUCCUGAUCAGGCGCAGACUGAUCAGGAUUCCGAGGUGUCUCCGUCGUUUAGAGCUGAAUUGGCUGCAGAUGAAAUACCGAAUACCUGGAGGGAUUUUGGGUUUAAUUAUUUGCGGUGUAAGGUUUAUUGCCUUGUUUCGGGUUGGCGUAUCCACUCUACGGGCUUUUGCUCUCGGGCGCUGACUGUCGGCGCGGCUGCAAUGCUGGCAUUGUGGUAUUUUAGGGUGCAGAAGCAGCGGAGAAGGCGGAUGGUCAUGGUUAAAGAGAGUAGGGAUCAAUUGAUUCGUGUGAUCAAGGAGAAAGAUGAGAAGAUAAGCACAUUGUUACGGCAAGUUGCCCAGAUGAAUGAGAUUUUGCUGGGGUUAUACACCACCAAAGGACGGCCAUCAACAUAAGCAUUGCAGGAUUCUGUUAUUCAGCUGUUGGGGUACGCGAUUCGCUUGUGUUUGAGCAUGUAUUAAUUUUGUGCAUAAUUUAUAUAUUUGCUAAAUCGCAACAAGAAGGUGAAUGCAAUGUGUCUGCUUUGUUGAUUAAUUCUUUUGUAAUGCACAACUACUUGUUAGCUCAACAUUUUGCUCCAUUUCUCUGUAUAUUAGGACCCCCAAUUCCGGGGGAAGUUUCAAAGAUCACAAUCUUGCUAUUACUAAUUCUCGACCUUUCAGUUGUUCCUAAAACCCCGUAUGAUU